GAAACCACGGGGGUGGUAUUUGCAAAUUCGACAAACUCAACGCCGACUUCGCCGAUUCUCGAACGCCACUGAAAGCGGCGACGCUCCCAACUCUGCUCCCGACGCUUCCCCCCUCGUCGUCUUCUUUCCCUGAUCCAUCUCUGACUCUGUUGUGCAAAACUCAAAUUGGGAGGGAGCAUACACCAAUGCCGUUUCUAAGGCUUCCUAACUCCAUGCAACUACCCAAAAUUAUCAGGCAACUGGAGCAGGAUGUGGAAACGGUAAUUACUGUGCUGCGGCCGGGGCCGUUAGGGAUUAUCGAGCACAAAUUCUCUGCCGAGGAGGUCAAUGAGGCCAAGGCCACAGUCAAGCGAGCCAUCGAGAACUGGCAGAGGAAUUCGGCGCUUGAAAGAGCCGCUCAUGCAUCGUUCAGCAAAUAGCGCGCGCGGCAGUAUGCAAUUCCCAAUUUUUUUGAUCAGAGAACAAAAUGUGCAGAAAACUCGAUAUCUUGCUAGUUUGUAUUUCCAGCUUCAGUCCAGAACUUGAUAUCCUGCUUCUACAUUCAGAUGGGAGCUGUUUUUCACACUUUGUGUUUUUGGUUUUGCGAGAAGCUUUUAAUUUAACACACUAAAGUAAGAGAAUUUGCUUUAUUUUACACACUAGAGUAUAAUGAUGUUGUCAAUUGUAUAAUUGUAGUCCCUGUCAAACACUCAAUUGGUAUUAGAAUUAUAGUUUGGGCC